AUGGACCACGCAACCCUGGUCUUCUCCUCCGUCUUCCCCGUUCUCUCGCUCUCGCACACAACCCCCACGCCCGUCGCGACACCAGACUUGGGCUUCACGGCGCCGGGCGCGUCCUUUGGCAGCCCUUACAUACCGCGACAGCACGAGCUGCACGACAACACACAACACCGAAGUGUCAAGCGCACAAUAGCAUGGAGCUGCGCAACGAGAUUCUUGAGCUUGGACAAAGUAGUGCCUGCCGUGCCACGAAUCCUGCAUCGGACGCGCGAGGUGGAGGACGCGCUUGUUUAUCUGCUCGUGGGCGAGGGUAGAGUUGAGGAUGGAGCGCGGCACGGCGAAGAGGGACUACUGGAGUGGUAUACGAAUGAGUGCCGCUUGCAUUUUGCGAACAACGUCCGUCCGGGGCUAGAAGAGCUGUGGACAGACGAGGUCAAGCUUGCACGAAGCUGGGAUGUGCUCGACGAGAGCCAGACGGUCCUGGAGCAGGUGCAGAACGUGUACCUGGAGCCGUUCAACGAGCACGUGCUCCCGUUCUUGCAGGCGAAUGCGAGUGCCACGGUACGGCCGACGAGACCGACAAGGAGGGACGAGGAUGAUGCGGCCGAGCAUGCCAAGUGGAAGUUCAGGAGAGAUGUGCAUGCGUUGUUUGCGCAUUGCAUCACACCGCGCCGCUACUCCAAGACGCUGAGCUAUGUGCUGUACGAUGCCGGGUGCAGGUUGUUCCGCAUACACACACGGCAGGACGGCGUGCAGCCCAGCGCUGCUCCAGAAGACACGCCGGAGUUGAGGCAACAGAUGACCACGCUUCUGCAGGGUUUAGAGCGCGUUGGUCUCGGUGGUGAGACUGCGCAGAAGGCAUUCGCUCAUGCGACGAACAAGCUGCUUGACUCAUUCGUCAACAGCCAUUACCUGAAGGUCGACUGGUACUCGAGGAAGUCAGUCGUGCCGCAGUUGAAGCUGUGGAUCCGCGAUGGCUUUUGCCCACUGAUCGAGCUCGUGCUGGAGUGCUUGCGAUGCGAGCAGAGCACUAUACUACCCACCGAGGUGACCUCAUGGCAGGAGAUGGCGCUAGGUAGGCUGGGACGCGUUCGAGUCGAUAAUCUCUUCGACUUUGUCAUCAACUGGGACAAGAGCUUGGGCGCCAUUCUCGACAUCAAAGACUACCUCAAAGUUGCGGGAGCGAAACAAAAUCUCACCUCGAGCUUCUCGCAGCAGGUCUCACGACGGUUGCUGCACCCAGGUGCUACCACAACAUACAUCCUCAACAUCUACAUCUCUAUCAUCCGCGCGUUUCAUGAGCUGGAGCCGAAAGGUGUCCUGCUCGAAAGAGUCGCCAGGCCGAUUCGACGGUACCUGAAGGAGCGAGAAGACACAGCGCGGAUCAUCAUAUCGAGUCUGCUCACCGACCUGUCGGAUGAGACAGGCAGCAAGUUCUCCUCCAACAGCGAGCUGUCAUACGAGAUCGCCAGCGAGAUGGCCAAGCCCCUUGCAAAUCUUGGCCAGGAAGCAGACGAGGAGCUGAACUGGAACGACAUGAACUGGCAGCCGCUACCACAGGAUGCUUCGCCUGACUACAAAAAGUCAAAGGUGGAAGACGUCAUAUGGUUCCUUCUCACGCUGUGGGAGCGCGAUGACUUCAUCAACGAACUGAAGAACAUCCUCGGCGACCACCUCCUCCGCUGCCAGGACCCAGAGUACGAGAAAGAGAUUCGACUGCUCGAGCUCAUCAAGAUGCGUCUGGGCGACAACAACCUUCAAGCAUGCGAAGUUAUGCUCCGCGAUGUCCUGGACUCAAAGCGCAUCAACGCCUCCAUCCGCGCCGCCACAACCUCAUCGUCUAGUCAAGCUUUCUUCACUCCCGAAACCCAUUCCAGGAACCCACAAACACCAGAUGGCCGACACCCACGAACCCCUCAACCUCGUCGUCCUGCCCACAGUCCUGCUCACCCCGCACCCUCCACACCUGCCGCCGCCGCAUCUGCAGGCCCGUCACUCAAUGCACAAAUCCUAUCGUCCUUCUUCUGGCCGCUGCUACGCGACGAUGACUUCCGCGUCCCCGCCGAGAUCUCCGCCCUGCAAGAACAGUACGGCCAGAACUUUUCCCGCAUCAAGGGCAUGCGGAAACUGCGCUGGAUGAACGCCCUGGGUAACGGCUCCGUCACACUUGAAUUUGCAGACCGGACCGAAAACUUUGAAGGCUUGACGCCCUGGCAAGUCAGCGUCGUGCAUGCGUUCCAGCCGCAAGCCGACGAAGCGCACAUCGCAGCCAAACAAACAAAGAGCGGAGAGGGCAUCAGCAGAAACGUCACCCAGCUCGAGGAGAUGCUCGACAUGGACGAGUCGCUCGUACGCCAAGCAGCAGCGUUCUGGGUAGGCAAGUCAGUGUUGCGAGAAACAGGGCCAGACACAUAUGCCAUCAUCGAGACGCUGCCAACGUCCGGUUCGAAAACAAAGGCCGACGAGGAUGCAGCAGCCGCAGCAGCAGAGAUGGCAGCCGUCGAAGCAGCGCAGCAGCCUGCUGCUGUGCGGAGCCAAGAGGACUUGCUCAACGAGAAGAAGGACGUCUACGCUGCUUUUAUCAUCGGCAUGUUGACAGCACAGGGCAAUAUGCCCGUCAAGCGUAUACUCAUGAUGAUGCGCAUGAUGGUCGUAGGCGGCUUCCCAUUCGGCGAGGACGAAGUCGCGACGCUAUUGCAGGAACUCGAGGGAGAAGGCAAAGUAGUCGGGUUGGGAGGCGAUACGUGGGGCGUGAAGAAGUGA